AUGCGAGUCUAUUCGUCGAUCGACUCCAGCAACGCCCUCGCCUUCCACAACGGUCGCGUAUAUACCAUCAACGACGACCAACCCUGGGCCGAGGCAUUUAUUGUAUCCCCGACGGGGGUCAUCGAACACAUUGGCAGGAACGCAGCCAUCUUGGAGAUCGCCUCGGCUCGCGGCCUCAUUCAAUAUGACCUGCGCCAACGCUUUGUCAUGCCGGGCAUCCACGACGCCCAUACGCACCUGCUCGUCGCCGGCCUACAAGGGCUGAACGAAGCCCGCAUCGGCUUCGACUCCACCCCCGACAACCUCACAUGUCGACUCGCUAAAGGUUCCUGCGCAUGCGCCUACGCCAAUGUUACCGGGGACUGGCUCAUCGGGAACUUCUACCAGGCGAGCCAUUUCCCCAACGGCGUGCCCGAUCGCAAAUACCUAGAUGAUCACUACCCCGAUCAGCCCGUCCUCAUCCGCGAAGUCUCCUGUCAUCGAAUUUUGCUAAAUACGGCUGGGCUUAUCCGUGCUGGAAUAGAUCCUAAUGGCGCCCCAGAUCCAGAUGGAGGGUACUACAUCCGCCGAAAAGAUGGAAUAGCCCUCACGGGGGAAGUAGUUGAAAAUGCCAUGACGGCUGUCUUUGACUGUCUGCCUAUCCCGCCGUUGGCGCAUGUCAAACGCGCGAUCCACCAUGCGAUCUCCAUAUGCCACAAAUUUGGGAUCACCUCCUGUCAGGAAGCGUCGGCGAACACCUUAUACCUACAUGCAGUGCGUGAACUGGAACUGGAGAACCGGCUGGAUAUGGAUAUCCAUACGCAUAUUGUGUCAGCGCCGGUGUAUUUCGCCAUGGAGCCGCAGGAUAGUCUAGCCGGGUUGCUUGAUGUGGCGGAGGGAUUCAGAAGCCGACAUGUGCAUACUCAAUUUGUAAAGUUCUGGCUAGAUGGGGCUCCACUGCCUCCGGAAUUUACGCAGGCGGAUCUGGAUGCGAAUGGACAGCCAAUUCCGACGCAUUUGGCACUGGAUAGGGACUUCCUGCUCGAGGCUGUGAAAAAAUACGAUGGCCGGGGCAUGACGUGUAAACUGCAUGUCGCCGGUGAGGGAUCUGCUCGACUGGCGCUGGAUGUCAUCGCCAAGGUCCGGGAAGGAAAUCCGACUGGUCCCAAACACGAGCUUGCUCAUUGUAAUGCGGUGCACAAGGAUGAUAUUGCGCGAUUUGCUUCGUUGAAAGUGACUGCGGAAAUGUCACCCGCCAUCUUCCAUCACGAUGUUGUCGAAGAGUAUCCCGAACUCAACAAAUGGGCGUUCAACGGGGUGCUCGCGUCGGGCGCACUCAUGACCAUUGGCUCGGACUGGAUGCUCCCCGAGACGCCAUCAUUAUUUGAUGCCCUGGCUGCGAUUGUUGAACGCGUCCGAUACAAACCUGGAGGGAGAUGCCGGCGUCUCGCGUUGGGGGAGACGGCAAUGCAACGCGGAGGAGAGAUCCUCUGUCGCGUUCUGACGCUCAGCGGAGCAGAGGCUGUUGGGGCGCAGCAUCGCACUGGGAGUUUGGAAGUAGGCAAGAUGGCCAAUUUUAUUGUCGUCGAUCGGGAUUUGAGCCAGGGGAAUUUCAAGGGUGCAAACGUGCUGGAGACGUGGUUUGAGGGAAGGAAAGUGUAUCAGGCGUAA